ACAGGUCCAAUUCAAUGGCAUGGCCCAAAAGCGAUGACCCAAUUUGGAACGAUGCGUGUGACGGGAGCAGGAACCGAUUGGAAUGACUUCAAGCACCACCUCAACCCUCAAAACGUCCGACGGGGCUCCAGGCUUCUGAGAAGGUCGAAGGGUUUUUGGGGUUUUAAGGCAGCACCCAAGAGGAGAGAGGCCACGAAGGGUAGAGUUCAUUGGAACAGAGACGGAGGAGACACGAUGCCUCUGUACGAUUGUCUGCUACUGGCGAAGCCCCAUGUGAAGAAGGAGGCGUUGAUGGAUCUGGUGGCUCGCGUGGGCCGGCGCGUCUGCCAGCGCAACGGCGUCAUCACCGACCUCAAAUCCUUCGGCACCGUCCAGCUCGGCUAUGGGAUCAAGAAGCUCGACGGUCGCCACUACCAGGGCCAACUCAUGCAGAUGACUAUGAUGGUUCCACCUAGUUUCAAUCAGGAACUUCAAUAUUUGAAUAAGGAAGACCGUCUGCUUCGAUGGCUUGUUGUAAAACACAGAAAUGCUGUAUAUGGACUAGAGUUCAUUAAUGAGGAUGAUGGAAAGGAUGAGCUAAGCAUGUUCCGCAGUGGUAGCUUGCUAAAUAAGGGAGAUGAUGAGGAUGAUGAUGAUGAUGAGGAUGAGGAUGAUGAUGAGGACUACGAAGUGGACUAGACUGUUUAAUGAGUUUCUGCACUAUGGUAUUCGAUUCUCCAGCGGUCAAAUAUUGAGUAUAAUAACUCAUGCUUGCAAAUUGAUGGAAAACGGGAAGAGGGGACAUGUUUAUGAUUUGGGUGUGGUAAUGGCAUUGAAGAACUGGAAUUUUGUUCUCUGUUUUCCUGAUUUGGUUUGUCUGAAUGUUUUAUUCUAGUCUACAGAGUGCAUGACACUUAAUUUAGAGAAAAUUGUGCUUUUGCAGUUAGCAUGAAUUACUGUAAAUCUUGAUUUCGUUUGUUGGCAGUCCAAUUUCCAAAUUUUCAAUCCCCUCUAGUUACACCUGUC